AUGUUGUUCGCUCCCAGCGGGCCUCAGGGCCCCCGACGUCGCAGUCGGAUGAAGGCCAUCUUCAUUACCAUCUUCAUAGUCCUCGCCCUGUACCUUUUAUUCUUUACGAAGUCCUCCGUGAAGACCGAAACAGGCAGCUAUGCGCAGACACAUGAACAGGGAUCGACAAAACAACCAGACGAGCUGGCUCGUCCGGCUGUACGGAGACGCAAGGAUAUGGUAGUCGCCAGCAUGAAAAGCGAUGACACGUCAUGGCUGUCAGAAUACUUUCCCGACUGGACGAAAAGUAUCUACGUGGUGGACGACAAGCACGCGCCGUUGACGGUGUCGCGCAACAAAGGCCGGGAAUCCAUGGUGUAUUUGACAUACAUCAUCGACAAUUACGAUAAUCUACCAGACUCAAUGCUCUUCAUCCACUCCCAACGCUACCAAUGGCACAACGACGACCCAUACUACGACGGUAUCCCGCCGCUCCGAAACUUCCAGAUCCCAUACCUGCAAGAGCAAGGAUAUGUCAACCUACGAUGUGUUUGGACCCUCGGAUGCCCGGUAGAGAUCCGUCCUCUCACCGAUACGCAUCGCAGCAACGUGCACGCCGGCGAAUACUUCAAGAAUGGAUUUAUGGAGCUAUUCCCUGGGGUUCCUGUCCCGGAAGAGGUAGGCGUGUCAUGCUGCGCGCAGUUUGGUGUAUCCCGCGCCAAGGUGCUGGAACGGCCGCGCAGCGACUACGAGCGCUUCCGCAAAUGGCUGGUGGAAACACCGCUAGAGGAUGAUUUGAGUGGACGAAUUAUGGAAUAUUCAUGGCAUAGUAUGUGGUUUCCCUGCGAACCGCUCAGUUCCGAUCGAAAGCUGACAUUUUCUCCAGUGAUAUUUGGAAAGGAUCCCGUGCAUUGCCCCAAUGCGGAGGAAUGCUACUGCAAAGUGUUCGGUCUGUGCGAUCUGAACUGUCCAUGGGAAGGUGGCUGUGAUGAUCGCUAUUCCCUACCACCAUUCUCCUCGUUGCCUAAGGGGUGGCCGAAUAUUGGAUGGAAGGGCCAAGCACAAGACCCUUCACAUGGAUUGCCGGAAACUUGA